AUGGCGCCUCACGAAGGACUAGUACACCUGAGAGAGUAUGACAUCAAGGAUAGCAAUGUGGAGCUGAUCGGAUCCGACCUCGACCACCGUGUCAAAUACAAUUCCGCCGCAACCGAACCUGCAUGGAACAAUGGGAUAAUCGGACAGCGGGCCGGAUUCUUCAUCUGGCGAAUUGAGAAUUUCGAGGUCGUUCCAUGGCCGAAGGAGCGAUAUGGCGAGUUCUACGACGGGGAUAGCUUCAUCGUGCUGCACUCCUACAAGGUUGGCAAGCAAGAAGGAGAGGAGAAGCUCGGCCACGAUAUCUUCUUCUGGCUCGGGAGCAAGACCACACAAGACGAGGCCGGUACGGCCGCCUACAAGACGGUCGAGCUGGACGAAUUCUUGCACGGCGCUGCUACGCAGCACCGUGAGACCCAGGCGCAGCCUUCGGACGACUUCUUGUCUCUGUUCCGUCAUUACCAGGUCCGGUCGGGUGGUGUGCGCUCUGGCUUCACACAUGUGACACCAGAGGAGCCAAUGGAGGUCCUGACUUUGCUCCGAAUCUUCAAGCAUCCCGGCGGAGGCCGCGCGAUCAUUGUAUACGAGGUCGAGCCGACGUGGCAGUCCCUUGAUGAGAACGAUGUUUUUGUGCUGGAUAAGGGUGAGAAGAUCUGGGUCUGGCAGGGCAAGAAAUGCAGUCCGAUGGAGAAGGCCAAGGCCGCACAGGUGGUCAAUGACAUGACCCUCGCCAAACAUGUUGACGUGGAGGUUCUCUCACAAUUAGAAUCGCGGUCCAAGGUCAUCGUCGAUCUUUUGGGAGGCAAGGACGUACAGCAAUCAACUUACCAGUCUCCUCGUCCUGGCUCCUUUGCCAAGCGAACCGCUGAGGAUCCCAGCGCCUCUUAUCCUCGUAAAUUGUUCCGUCUCAGUGAUGAGUCGGGCACGCUAUCCUUCGAACUUGUCAAAGAUGGCGGCCGGAUCAACCGGUCUGACUUUGACGGAAACGAUGUCUUCCUCUAUGACGUUGGCAGUCGGCUAUGGGUUUGGCAGGGCCAAGGUGCAAGCGAGCACGAGAAGGCGUUGUGGCUCAAAGUCGCCCAGCACUAUGUCCGCAAACUACAAGAGAACGAAGAGAACUCCGAAGCAUACCUCAUACCUAUCUCCAAGGUGGUGGAAGGCUAUGAGAGUCCUGCAUUCCUGAAAGUGAUCGAGGUAUAG